AUGGUCCUCUCUCUACUGAGCAACAAGACAACUCGCAGCAAUAAACGAGCAUCACUAUCUCCUUCAGCCACUUCUACGACAGCGUCGUCGUCCUCAAAAUCUAUCAAGGCAGCCGGCUCUUCCACUUCUGUCCAGCUGUCCUCCUCCGCCUCGUCCACUCUCACCGAAGCACUACGCAGUAACCCGUUUGCGGCAGGUCCACGGUCUGACUGUGCCACCGCCUCGACAACAGAUAUACGGGUUACGAACGAUACGGAAGACGAGAAACAUCGCGAACUACGAGAACUCAACCAUGCAUUGAAUGUGCUGGCAGGGUUAUUCCCCGAUGUCCAUCCGGAGGUUUUCAGAGAGCUUCUGACCCGGUUUGAUGGCAAAAGCAGGCUGGAAGUUAGUGUCGAACAGCUUCUGAGAUACCGAUCUGAAUGGGUCAAAGGUCGGUGGAAUGUCGACGCUGCUCCUGAGGGGGCUGGUUCCCCUGCUACGACCGAAUAUGAUUACGAGAGAGAAGAUGAGCUGGUACCUAGAGAGGAGCUUUUCCGGAGUCAUGAAUAUAAAGAUGCUGUCAGGUCUGCGCUGGCCUCUGAAUUUCGGUCUCUGAGCAGGAGUACCAUCAAUGCUGUCCUCGCCGAAGGGAAUUUCUCGUACACUCGUGCCCGGCCGACGCUUCUAGGCCUAUCUCAGAAAACAUGGCGCGCUACUCUGGGGAAUAUGUUUUCAUUCAAGAAGAAGAAAGCACCCCAUAAAGAUGACCCACCCCCAUUUCUGGUUUGGCAGAGACGUCUUACUGACGAACUUGAGCCUGUUCUGAGAGGGACGGGCUGUGCAGAGCUGGAUGAAGAGAUCUGGUCUACGUUUAUACUUCCGUUGUUAAAUCGAAGAAGAGAGUUGCAGAUAGACGAGGAUCUGAAAAGAGCAGAAGAGUUGAAUGAAGCAGAAGCACAAGUUAUGAAUGCGCUUUACGAAUGUGAUUGCUGCCUCUCGGACGUUACAUUUGAACAUAUAUCAACCUGCUCUGAGGCAUGCCAUAUUAUCUGCUUCAACUGCAUUCAGCGGACCCUUCAAGAAGCUCUCUUCGGACAAGGAUGGGAUAAAUCCAUCAAUCCUGAGAGGUCGACACUAUCGUGUAUAGCUCCUAUGGCGAACGGGACGUGUCAGGGAACGUUGGAUGCCGCACUUGUCAAGAGGGCAAUCCUAAAGGAGAAAUCCGGACUGGAAACAUAUAGGAAAUUCGAGACCCGGCUUGCCUCUGAAUCACUCACUAAAUCAAACUUGAAGCUAAUUCACUGCCCUUUCUGCGCGUACGCCGAGGUUGAUCCUGUUUUUCAUCCCUCGGUAAAGGGGAUUGUUUGGCGGUUUCGCAAAGCCAGCUUGGCCACAAGUAUCAUAGUCUUCAUCCUGCUUCUGGACAUCGUUCAAUUCCUCCUGAUUCCUCUGGUUCUCCUCCUCUGCAUUUCUCCUUCUGUGUUGAGAACCACUUUUCGCAGGUCGUUGCAGAACAUUUGUCUCAUGAGACGAACGCCACGCUUUAAAUGCGGGAACCCAUCGUGUUCUCGAGCGAGCUGUAUGCGCUGCCAUAAGCCAUGGACUGACCCUCAUACGUGUCAUGAACCAUUGCUCCAGUCUCUGAGGACAACUGUGGAAGCAGCGCGCACGGCGGCGAUUAAACCACUCGGACCGAAGAGCCGGCAGCGCCAAAGGGGCAGCAAUAACGGUGAUAUCCGGCUCAUGGAUGGUGCAGUGGGUGAAGAGCCAGACAAUGACGAUAAUGGCGAGGAGGCGGAAGGAUACAAGCACUUUUGUGAGCAUUUCCGAAUAAACCCGGGUUCCGCCUGCACGGAAUGCAACAAAUGCGACCUCUACCAAACAGAGGAUGAGGAAGCGGUGGCUCAGCGUGCAGGAGAAAAAGCACAGCGGGAAUGGCGGAUUCGUCAGGGCAUGGAGGAUGGCAUUGGGGGUUCGCCUGUACCUGGAGUUGAAGGAGCCGGUGAUCAGCAUAAGCCCACUGGGGCCACGCUUGGUAGUAUGGCACGGGUAUAUAACCGGAAUUUACAGUUUGAUGUUACCAGCGGAGCUUGGAGAUGCGGCUGGAAGUUCUGGACGAAGGAUCUCUGGCAGGGUCAACGUUGGAAGAUGGAAAUCCAGCUUCUAUUUGAUAAUAUCAUUGACUCUCUCGUCGUUGUAAACGCUACAUGA